AUGCGGCGCGCCCCAGCCCUCUCCGCAACCUCGCGCGGGCAGGCCAAAAAAGGCAACGGGCCUAAGCAAGAUUGGGUUACCAGCGGGCUCGCCAGGUUUGGGAGGCAGUGCGGCAACGCCUGUUUUCCAGGAAAACGGGACAAGACCGCCGCCAUCGACACCACCGCUGAGCGUAGUCACCGCUGCUUUGUGCGCGGUGGGUGGCGCAGGGUCUCGCAAUUUACGGCAGCAGGCCCCGGCGCUCUCCCAAAAAGCGCCCCAAAAAGCACCCCCACGCAAAACGGCGCCCCGGAGAUUCCCCAGUGGAAUUUAACGCGGAGGGUGUGGGCUUUUUCCAUGCUGGAUCGACUUGGCGGCGCACAUGAGUUCAAAGAAGCCCGUGUGCCUCUUCUUGGCGGUGGGCGGGCCAUUCGCCACCAAAGCCGGCGGGGCGAGCGGGGUUCGCAGCGCGCGGCAAACACUGCCUCAGUCUGA